AUGCCGUUUUUCAUCGCCAACAAAGUGCGGAUUGUUAUGACCUCUUCGUGCCCCAGUCACGGUGGACUUUGGCUUUUCAUUUUAUUCCUUUGUUUCUGGCGCAACACGGAAUCAUCUAAUCAGGGUAAGCGGACAAAUUUUGUUAUUAUUUUAAGAUCACGUGCUUUGAUUUGUUAACUUUUCCUCGUAGAUCAAUUCUAUUGUUCGUGAAGGAGAAGGCUUUCCAAACAUUUAUUCAUUAUCCUGUCUCUUUAGGACACAUAAGUGGAUGUUCGAUAGAAUUAUGAUUUUCUUUUCCCAAAUCUCGGCGAUUCUUCUUCGAGUUGUUACAUAUCUACAUAAGAGGUCCUCACAAAUGUGUACUGUAUUUUCAGUGGAGUGACGUAAGCCAGUUUUGAGCUGUUUAUACUACGAAUCAUAUAUAAUCAUUUGCUACAGUUUUUAAACCGGGAUCAGUGCCCCAACUACAACGUCUAUUAUUUUCUAAUCUGUUAGUUUUAUUUACUGAAAGCCGAAAGAGAUACGGAGCGAAAGUAGUCUUAGUGUUUUGCUUACAGAGUUGCAAAAGACUACUUCAGACCAUCGCAGCUUGGUAAAACGGCUUGUUAUUGUAAAACUUUGUUAUCGGUGAAAGUGUCGAGUAGAUGCAUUAAAAGAAUUAACAGAAAAAAAGAGCUCGUCAAAAACAUUCCCACUGGAACUGAACAACGAAAGAACUGAAUAUUUUCAGUUUUUGACUCGGAUGGUGGAAAUAAAAAGAAAUCUUAUCCUGGAAACCAGACAGCCGCAAAGUGCAAAUUGUAUUGAAAACUGUGUCGGUUUUAGUAAGCGAAUACGCCGUAUUCACAAAUGGCGGACACGCGGGCAAAAACUGGUGCCUAGUUAUGAAAGCGAGGCGUUGGAGGAUAAACAAAAAUUGCAAAUGAAGACUUUCAGUGAACUUACAGAGUAUUUAGCACGGAUUCCACCUAAAAUAACUUUGUACGGACUUCUUUUUAAAUACAAUUACGUGGGAUGUCUUCUGCCUUUAAUGUUUAGUAGUGAUUUGCUGUUUGCAAUCAAAAGGGACGCGUAUAUCUUCAAGGAAACAGGAUGAUUUUGUAGGUUUCAUGGACGAUCGCCGGAGAAAAGCGGCAAACAUGUUGGCCCAAACUUCACAUUGAAACCGAGUACGAAAGCCAGCUCACUGCAAUUCGGUGAAACAGAAAUAUUAACAAAUCUUGGUGGCAAGGAAAAAAGAAAUAAGCGACAGAUAUAUGGCCUACUUGUUAACGCAAGAGACGUCUGCCGUUGAACUGAAACACAUGGAAAAAAGGAAGACAGGAAAGAAGAGGUGACUGAGGUUUCGAUGAAGUUAUGUUUGGUUUUUGUUUGCCAGGACGUUAUUCUCUGGUCUUUAUCGAUGAAGGACAUCAAUUAGAACUAUUUUUUUAGUAUAAAUGCAGGAGCGAUCGAGUGGAGUACGCUCAAAAUUUCAACAUGUUACUCGGCAGACUCGAUAAGCCGGCCAUAUAUCAUUUCAGCGAGAAAUUUCGUAUUUCUUAUCUUUGGCUGUUAAAACUUUUAACUUAAUGUUUCAUAAUAUUUUAAAGUUGAAGAAUACAUAAAUAAAUAAAAUGAUGGUCUUCUUAAACGGAUCCAGACUCGAAUUUUAUUAUUCGAAACAGAAGCUUGCAGUGUUCAUUCCUGACACAAACAUUGCCUUAAAAGUUUAACCUAGUAAAAUGUAAGCUUUAUACUACUUUUUUACCAAGAGCUCUCUGAGAUAAUGCCCUAAAGGAGACCAGGCAAAUAGCAAGCCAUAAGAUUCACACAGUACAGCUUCUAAUUUUAAUAAAAUAAUUUUUAAUUAUUUCGCAAUGACAAAGAAAUCAUGAGAUUUUUACUAAGCUCUGCCAACAUACCUCAGUAACAAUUCACUCCAAAGCGACGGAAUUAAUAUGAUCCAAAGGAAGUUGUAAAUGCAGAAAUACAUAUAUACAUAGAUAUGUAUAAAAUGACACUGACACGAAUAAAUGAGCCUUGUGAAUGAAUCUUUCACCCGCUCUCGACUUGACCUGUUUUGUGUAAUGGCGGAGGUCUCUUCCGUUAACAAGUAGGCCAUAUAUCCGUCGCCUAUUUCUCUUUUUCUCGCCACCAAUAUCUGUUUUUAUUUCCGUUUUACAGAAUUGUAGUGAUCUGGCUUUCGUACUCGGUUUCAAUGUGAAGUUUGGGCCAACAUUUUGCCGCUUUUCUCCAGCCAUAGCCCACUUGUCAAGCUUCUGAUGCUUCGGAAACCUACAAAAUCAUCCUGUUUCCUUGAAGAUAUAACGUCCCUUUUGAUUGCAAACAGCAAAUCACUACUAAACUUUGAAGGCAGAAGACACCCCACAUAAUUGUAUUUAAAAAGAAGUCCGUACAAAGUUAUUUUAGGUGGAAUCCGCGAUUAACACUCUGCAAGUUCACUGGAAGUCUUCAUUUGCAAUUUUUGUUUAUCCUCCAACGCCUCACUUUCAUGACUAGGCACCAGUUUUUUCCCGCGUGUCCGCCAUUUGAGAAUACGGUGUAUACGGAUUGUUAUUUACGGUCUAGACAGUGAGCCAGACUGUUUUGUUCUCAUUACUCAUUUUCAAAAGGUUAUACAGCCAUAGAUUUGCACUGUGGUCAUUAUAACACAACGAGGAAGGAAGAAAAGUUAUAGAAAAAUAUAUCGAGUCUAAUGCAAUAUAAAACAUAACAACUGAAAUGCCUGCAACCUACUGAACACCCGCCCCUACCCCUUAUCCUGCUUUUUAGUUAUUAACGACCACAGCCUUGGGACUGAAAUACAACUCACAAUUUUUUCAAUACAACUAGAUUGUGUCUUAAUCAUUAAACUGAUUUUAGUGGAUUUUAGUGAACAGUACUGUUAACCCUACAAGAGAGAUUUUAAAAUUACAAAUGUGAGCUUAAUAAUUGGCCUCAACAUACUCCCUCCCCUAGAUUCCCCAGCCCUUUUUAUCUUAGGGAGUUUUUUGAAACCUUUUUUCGAACCAUAAAGUAUCACUAGUUUCUUUUAUAGCAGACAGUAAAUACAGAAUUUUAUUGCAGUUUACGAAACAGAAUGCAAAUUUUCAAAAAAAUUAUUCAACUAUUCUAGACAAAAAAUGUUUUCUAAUAUGCCACCAUCCAAUGAGAUAACUGCGAUAAUAGAACAUAACAAAAGGUGGGAUCCUCGGCACAAGAAAAAUGCGGUGCCACCGUUGAAAUACAAACAUUGAUCGCUGACAGAAAACGUUGGUCGUGACUCUUGUCAAAACAAAGACAAUAGUUAAUACAAUAUACAAACUGGUUUUCAAAAUCAAGCGACAGCUAUGCCAGCAAUACUGGUGAAUUUUAAGUGAAUUAGGUAGCUAUUUGUUCACAAGUUUGUCCAACAAACUCAUCAGUGAUUUAGUUUGGUCUUGUUGCUGUCUCAACAUCAGUUGUUGUGACGCCAAGAGUUGCUGUUGCUGCUGUUGUUGUUGUUCUUGCAUUUGCCGCAUCAUUUCACUUUGAUUCGGACCUUCUAUCCACAGCAAAGACAGGCUUGGGACAGGUAUUCAAAGUGUUGGCUACUCUAUCCCAAAUUUCGCUUCUUUGCGACGAACCCUUUCUUGUUUUGAACGGAUUCUCGGAAACAACCUCUCUGCAUAACAGGACAUCGUGCUCGCUUGUCCAGUACAUCACAUUACUGCGUGAAAAAAAAAAACAGUCUGUUUUAGUUUGUUUUCAAUGAAGAACAUAAAUAUAAAAUUUAAACUAACUUUAAUCUUACAUUUAAGCAGGACAGGAAAUUGAAUCUUCUAAUAAACUAAAUUGGACUUACUUGCCAGUUUUCGACUUUGGUAUCGAACUCGGCGGGUCUGCGUGUUGUCCAUUCAUCAUAGCGGUAACCAAUUGACCUGCAGUAAAAGGCCAAUUAAAAUGUUUGUUUGGUAUUUUUUUACGAUAAAUAACAUUUUUAUGGACUUAGAAAAACAGUUUUGCCUUCAAGGUAGCAAAAGAAAAUUUAAUUCUAGGUCAAAUUCAGUAGAAACUACUCACGUUUUCUGGAAACGCUGCAAGUGCCAACCUCGUGUUCUGAACGUGAAGAAGACGCGUUGCAGUUUAGCGCCAAGCAUGCGCAGUGAAGCACUUUAUGAGCAAAUUACUUCCGGUGACGUUUCAGGCUGCGUCGCGUUCUGGUUCGUAAAGUCCCCUAUCACGCUGGCGCUUCUCGCCAUGCAAAACCAAUUUUUGAGAAAAAAACCGACCGUUUUGCAGUCUAGAAAUUUUAACGGAUAUAGAGUUAUUUAUCAUUAUUAUUAUUUAUUAUUAUUAUUAUUAUUAUUAUUAUUAUUAUAAGCCGAUCACCAUGAGUAAUGGUAACCUAUAGAUGCGAGAAAUUUUAGAGAGCAGAUGACCUUCCUUAAGUCCGUCUACCCACCCCCUACAUGUAAGUCAGUGACAAAUGUCACAUUUUCUUCCAGCACCAUAAAAUACAUGGAAAAUGACAAUAACCUAACAGUUAUAUACAUCCUUGUGAAAAAUGAAUUGACAGCUGUGAGAGCCGAGUCUAGUUUUCGACGGAAUUUUAAUGUCUACAAACAGAGCUAGGUAGAGCUAGGGCGAGAAAAAAAAAAACAAAGGAGACGAAUUUCGUGGGAAGGAAAACCUGAAAAUUUUAAGAUGGGGAUAAAAAUAUUAAAAAUGCUAGCGGCCACAAAGAAGAAAAUGAGCGGCAGUGCAAAAAAAAAAAAAAAAAAAGAAGCAAACAGGUAGACAUACGACAAUAGAGAGUUAAAGCUUCUCAUGUACGGCAAACGUCAGAUUCAGGUGCGUCAGAUUCAAGUUAGCGUAUGUCCUAUAGUUCAAGGGUUAUGAAUAGUUAAUAAUCAUUAUUAAUAAACCUCGGAUCAGGGUGGCAUUUAAUUUGUUCAGGAUAUCUAUCGUAUCGGUAAUUUUUUUUUACUUUCGGAGGGUGAUUAUUUUCGGGGGGAUCGCUACUUUCGGGAUUUGCUAAUACCUGUGACAUUUUAUCGCUACUUUUGGAGGUUCGCUACUUCCGAGGGGUUUGUUACUUUUGAGACUUUACGGAAUAAGUAUAUUAACGAGAACUUUGCUUUUAGCCCUAGCUAAAUCUAUACGUUAUUAUGUAGAUACUCUCAGUGUUCAACUGGCAACCAGUUCCCGGUACAAGUCACAUUCUGCAACCUUAGUAGUCGAGAACCCGUCGGUGCAUUCGUACUGAUCCCAUAAGAGGGUAGUUUUUUGAAUCUGAGCCACAUCAAGAUUAUCAAGAUUCGCCCUAACGUUUUCAAGAUGCCCAACUAAUCCUUUUGAGAUUGUCCUAAGUGCCCGACAACAAUAGGCACAACUCUUGUUUUGACCGUCCAUAGUUUUCAAUUCUUUUGCCAGGCAUCCCCUGGUACAGCUACAUCAAUAAUUUGUUGUUUAUCUACUACAGCACAGCCAGGUCAGGUCUAUUGUGUUUUAGUAAAGUCCAGCUAGUGGUCUUUGAUCAAUGCUGCGUUCUGAUUGGUUGAGCUACUACUAGGCUAUAUGUUAUAGCCCACUAGUAUCGAAAAGCGCCGGCUUUGAAAACCAGUACAAUGGCGGCUGAAUCGCGUUUUGCUAGGCUAAAGUUGUUUUGUCUCGAUAUUUUUGACCAACUAUUUGGAUUUUAUGAAAAUAAUUAUUCCUCUCGCCCUCACGGCCUCUGAGUCAAUAGCCCAUUCGGCCUUCGGCCUUAUGGGCUGUUGGCUCAGAGCCCAUUCGGGCUCGAGGAAUAAUUGUUAAUAAGCUGGUGAUCAGUCUGUAUGCUAAAAUCCCAAAGGAUUUUGACUUCCUCGGACUCUCGAACUUUUCCAGAGAAAUGCUCAUACCACUUGUCAGCAACUUUUAAUCCGUGCUUUCUGCACAGGCACCAAUGGAGAGCUUUUGCAACACUAUCAUGCCUACAAUCGUGGACAAAACUGUUGAGAAAAUUGCAUACUUGGGGGGCAUUUUUUUAGACUUCGUAGCCGACCGAUUCUUCCCUUCCCCCCUCCCCCCUGGAAGCAGUGUUGUUGGGUCUUCAAAGGAAAGCCGGAUCUCUAAGCAUUUGGCAUUUGUAGGAAGCAACUUUGAACUGGGGGAGGGAGUUUUCUUCACGCAAAGCCGUUGAUUUGGAAAUAGUUUUGUUGCGUUAGGUAGUGCGCAUUAAUGAAAACAUUUUCUCAAGUAGUUUUGUCCAGGAUUGUAGAUCUUUUAAAAUGUUCUCUCUGAGCCAACACUGGACAUUCACAAACUUUGUGGCUUGCUGAUUCCUCCGCACUCUUGCGCAACCUGCAUUUUGAGCAGACAGUCUGUUUUCCAAUCUUUGCUUUUACUGCAUUGGUUGGCAAUGUCUGGUCCUGGGCCGCUGCUAACAAUCCUUUGUCUCCUUCUUAAAUUCUUCUUUAACCACGUCCAAGAGAGAUUACUUGUCACACCCUCUGCAUGCCUUAAAAACUGACCAUGCAAUGGUUUUUCCUUCCAGUCCGCCAUUCUCUCUUCAUUUCUUUGUUACUUAUACUGCAAAGGGUCACUUUCAGCUUUAGGCUUCAAAAUGUGGCAGGUAGCUUUCAGCAGCAUUUUCUGACUCUGCGGAACAUAUUGAUUCAAACUCAACUGUUCCAUGGUGACAAUCCGCUGCACUAAUCAACCCUCAUCCAUCUUCCUUCCUCGGCAAGUAGUUUCUACUUGUAUUUGCUCGAAGGUUUAGAGCACCAUAGAUUUUGACAAUUUUCUUGUCUUUUUUGUCUUGUCUUGAGAAAACAUAUUAUUAUUAUUAUUAUUAUUAUUAUUAUUAUUACUAUUAUUAUUAUUAUUAUCAUCAUCAUCAUCAUCAUCAUCAUCGUCAUCCUCAUUAAACACAGCUUCUGGAUGGCUUGCUGGAGUCUUCCUUAAACAUCAAGUCACCGCCUGUGACCUUAGGUCUCCAAGACUUUGCGAAGGAUUCAUGCUGCACCCAGUAAGCAUGCUCUCUACAAUGAUUCCAAACGACAUGUGAUACCAGUCACUCCUCACCAUUUUUCUAUAUCUUUCGAGAUAGUUCCUAAUGCACCAAUUAUGAUUGGCACCGAAGUUACUCUGGGCAAUUUCCAGAUCCGUUUCAACUCCCGCUUCAUGGCUUGGUAGUUCUCAAUUUUCUCGUUCUCUAUUAUUAUUAUUAUUAUUAUUAUUGUUAUUAUUAAUAUUAUUAUUAUUAUUUCUAACCAUUCAUGUCAUUUUGUCCUUCCUAGGUUUGUGUCUUCAAGGAACAUUUUUAAAGGGGACAUAUUGUGUACCCAAUUGCGGUCCUGGUUACUAUGGUAACAAUGUUACCAGGACAUGCCGGAAGUGCGACCCGAGCUGUAAAACCUGCCUUGAUGGUGAUGGGCCGAAGAAAUGUUCUAGCUGUAAUCCUCCGUUACAUAUUCAAGGUAAGAGCUAUGAGAUAUGUUGGAGUAUCCAGAUCAUUUUAUUCCCGUAUCCACUUUUUUUGACCUUUACAUUUCUUUCCUGAUCAGGACCAAGCGCAGUCUGUCGAUAAAACGAUAUUCGACAACAAUCGCCGACAAUCGUUUGCGACACCAAUCGAAAUCGAUAAAGAAAAGAGUUUUGACUUCGAUUAAUAUCUAUUUCCGAUAGAAAUCGACAAUGAUUGACUUAUCGAUUGUUAUUGAUUACUACCGAUUGACCACGCCUGGCAAAGAACAGCUGGUACCCGUCAUCCCACUCACUCCUAUCACUGGCUCGUGCUUAAAUGAUGUAUCAGAUUCUAGCAAUCGAAAAGGCUGUGAAAGAAGAGAGUGCCGCAAGAACCUCAACUCUCGUCAAAGCACCUGAAUUCGGGUAACUCUAACAUGAAAUCAGGCUCUGUUUUCGUUUUGCUUUACAAAAACUUCCGUCGGCAAGCGGGCAAAAUUUCAGCGCGGUCACCUCCUUCCUCUCAUUUUUGCCUCGUCGUGAGAGACCUCUGCUAGCAGGGAACCUCAGAGAGAGAGAGAGUCGCUUAAAAUUAGCCCUCCGAGCAGGCUCACUUUAGCGAGUUUGGGAAGCGAAGCUCGCGAGAAGAAUUUUUCCUCGCCCCAUUCUUCUGACAGGCUUCUUCGGCUUUUGCUGGUUACUCCACCACUAUUUUUUCUCGAACUCGCACAAGUGUGCCUGUUCACCUAAUAAAUUUUGUUUUUUGAAGCUUUCAUGGGUUCUGCUGCAAUGAUUAAUAGCAAAGUAGCUGUUCUGGUGUUAGUAACGAAGAAAGUUUGUUUGGCGUUUAAUUUCCAUGACACCUUCACAAUAUCAGCAAGUUUGUAAACAUAAGCGGUUUUAAAAGAAAUAACUUCUCCAGCAUUCCGCAUAUUACGAUAACGUUUCCUACUCAUCAGGAACUUCUUGUGUUGAAUCGUGUGGUAACCAGCGAUCUAAAGGAAGCCCUUACAUCCAAUUAAGACUCGUGGGUGGCAAAAAUCAUUUUGAAGGCCGCGUCGAAGUUUACCAUGAUAACAAGUGGGGGACCAUUUGUGAUGACUCUUGGGAUAUUAACGACGCAAAGGUUGUCUGUAGGGAGCUGUUGCUUGGAGACGCCCAGGAAGCUGUAAAGUUUGGGAGACUGGGAACAGGCUUGGAACGUCAGCCUAUCUGGCUUACGGAGGUUAGAUAUCUGUGCUCGGAAUGUACAAUUUCCAUAUUUUUAAGCGUCGAAAAGGCAGUUUAAUCCAUAGGUAUCCCUUAUUCAAAUGCGAUGGGUCUGUAAUAAAAAAGGGUGUGAAAACGUUUGCUAAUGAACAAUAGGCUACCUUGGGUGCUAGAUACUUGGGGGCCUGGUCAGUGGUUUCGGUCAUGUGCCCCCGCGGCUUAGCCUGAGAAAACAGUCGACAUUUUGCCAUGCCACCACUGGUUUCUCCUUCGAAAUGACACCUGAGCAAAGAGCGCCGAGAUAGACCUAUAUCAAUAUAUUAACAUUCCUAUUAGGCGGUACUAGGCUCGAUUUCCGCCGCUCUCACGGUCCGGGCUUAUUUCCCUAACAUUGGCUGGUAAUAGAGCCUACAUUCCUGUUUGGCUGCGAGGCGUAGGGGAAUAAAACAAAAGAAGCAUUAAAAAGAAGCAAUGAAUAAGACAUUUCUUUUGUUUUAUUCCCUCAAGCCUCGGAACCAAGUAUAAAUUUUAUUAGUAAAAUCCAACUAAGCGGUCUAUUAUCAAUUCUGCGUUCUGAUUGGUUGAGCUACUACUGGGCUAUAUAUUAUAGCCCACUAGUAGCGAAAAGUGCGGGCUUUUAGGCAGCAAAAAAGGAUUAAAGUCCAGCUUUAACUACCUUAAAUUUUUUUAUUCUCGAUAUUUUUUACCAACUAGCUGGCCUUCGGCCUCAUGGGCUAUUGACUCAGAGCCCAUUCGGGCUCGAGGAAUAAUUGUUAAAUAUAUCGAAAUUGGUCCAUGCCAUACUGAUGACGUGUCACCACCCAGAUUUGGGUAGUACUUUUGGUUGAAGCAAAUUUCCUACCCGGCACGACCAAUCAGAAGCACUACCCAGAUCCGGGUAGUGACGUUUCAUCAGUAAGGAAUUUCUGCGCUCGUUUCUGUCAUUUCGCGGGGAAACCAGUGGUGGAGUCACGAAUUAUCGGCCGUUUUCUCAGACUACUUGCGGCUUCGCCGCUCGUGGCUUCUGUUGGCCCACAGGCGAUACUGAAGCAUCCCACCAUACGCGAGGAAAAAACCCCUGGCACCCAGGGUAACUGAAGUUCUCGACUAUCCGUGUAGGUUUUCUUAAUCAGACGUACUACCGAUCAGUGCGCUUUUACCUUUUUCUAUUCACUUACUUCACCUAAAUAUGUUGACAGGAGCUAACAGCUUAUAGGACUUUGAUAAUGCGCAAGAAUGCAGUGCCAGUCUUUAUUAGUUCCUUAAAGAUCCAAAGUAUUGACACCCCCAUUUUGGGUAGCUGCGUUCUUGGUAUUGUUAACAUUUUGCAAAGUCCUAAAAAAUACGCUGGCCAAUACUCACAACACAAAUGAGUUUGACCAGAUGUAGUAGAGUAUGACUUUGGCAGAAACUCCAGCGACAUAUUUCAAAGUGCAUUUUCUCGUGCUACGUAUAUUUGAUAACUCCAUUUCCGUUCAUGUUGUUUGCAGUGAUCGAUUCAUUUGUUGGGGCAAGGCGUUGAAGUUUUUUCGUUGAGUUCGGGUUCUUUUUUAAAUAAAUUGUUAUUAAUAUUAUUAUUAUUUAUUGUUAUUAAAUUUUAAGAUUAUGGUAAAUUCUCGUCUUCAUUUGCCUUUUCCUCAGCAAAUUCGAUCGGGAUAAAACAGGAUGUUCGUCUAGCAGAAGUAUUUCAAAUAUCAAUGGUCAUCCGCGGGGUUGUAUUUUUGCUGUUCCUUCCCAGGGCUUUUUUAAUAGUUUCGCUGCUUCAACAGAGACUUUGUUUGCAGUGAUUUAUUGAUAAUGUUUCUUCUUUUCGAAAAUUCUUUUUCCGCAGGUAAACUGCACGGGAAAUGAAGCGCGACUUGAACAUUGCGAGCACCCUACCUGGGGUACGCAUGCGUGCGGGCAUUUUGAGGAUGCCGGCGUGCGCUGCACCGGGCCUGAUACGACAAGAGAAUGUGUAGAUUCGUGCGGCGAGGGGUACUUUGAAGUGAAGGACACCUUGGAGUGCGGUGUCUGUUUGGCGUCAUGUUUAACUUGUGCUUAUUCCAGGACGAAUUGUACCUCCUGCAUUAAACCACGAUUCUUAAAAGGUGAGGUGACACUUAUAAUGCUCCUGAUUGUCACGUGGCUAGUGUGCGCCUGUUAAGCCCCCCAGCCCAGGGGGGCCUAAUAGAGGAUUUACGGCAUGUGAAGUUGGGAGUAGGGUAUGUUCAAGUUGGGAUUCGAGUUCUUGUUCGAGUUCAAGUUUGAUUUCGAGUUGGACAUCGAGUUAGACUUAUUAUAACAUGAGUUAUAAGACGUAAGAGCCUACCGACGCUUUUUUUCUAUGUUUUAUUAUAUUUCACCAUUAUCAUUAUUAUUUUUAAAUAGUUUAAAUCGAAGUCUAACUCGAAGUUCAACUCGCGCGAAGUCCAACUCGAACUCGAAUCCAAACUCGAUUUUUCGGAAUUCCCUGUGAAGUUCGGCGACUGAAACAACGCCGGUCCAAGGCCGUUGUUAGGGACCUUACGAUCCGUCAACGGCGACGCCAGUGAAAUGUAGCUGAAAAAUGGAGUUCGCGUCCUUUGAAUCUUUUUCUCCCUUUCACUUUUAAGUCACCCAAUUACUUGAUGAUAGGGAAGUAACGUUGGAACUAAAGAGAGGGGACCGCGUCCGAGUUCAGAGAGAGCUAGUAAAAUUUAUCGCCUUGCCGUUCCCGUUCUCAAAUCAGCUCAAAAUUUGGUCAUUUCACGUCGCAGUUUUGAAAGGACGGCAAAGCAAUGUACAAAAAAGCGUGCAGAGUUGUUGUUUUGCUUAUAAAAUUAACCUAUUGUGUUUUUGACGUCCUCGUUGCCGUUUGCCGUUGCCGUUGCCGUCGUAGUUUCGUAAGGUCCCUACUCCCGGCUGAGCCAGGUGUUAAGAACGGCUAAACCGAUCCAACGCCGUACUUCACUUCAAUGAAUUCGGUGCGGCUCAUGUGAAGUACAGUGUCUUAACCUUGCCUAAGUGUUAAAUCGAACCAUUCCUUUGCAUUUGUUAAUUGCAAACUGAUAUAUUUAACCUCAUAUCGUUGUCCAGGAAACGCGUGCAAGACUUACUGUGGAGAUGGUUUCUAUGGUGAUCUUACCGACCGCAAGUGCAAAGCAUGUGAUCCCGGAUGUCGCACCUGCGCAGAUGGGACUUCUCCUAAUGUUUGCACAAGUUGUCGUGAUGACCGAUACCUGAAUGGAACAAAAUGCGUAGUGAGUUGCGCGCCUAACCAUGUCGCCCAGACGCGGCGUGUACGUCUGGCGGGAAACAGGCCGACGCAUCUGGAGGGCCGCGUUGAAGUGUUUCGUUUUGGAUCUUGGUUUACAGUCUGCGACCAAACGUUUGAUUUCCGCGAGGCUUCGGUUGUUUGUCGCGAGCUGGGCUUGGGCGCGGCUAUCAAAGCCGUCAAGAGAGCUGCCUAUGGUUCAGGGUACGGGCGUGUGUGGACAGACAUUCUUGGCUGUACCGGCAGAGAAAGCUCAAUCUUCGACUGCCCUUUGGUGAGGCGAAGCUACAGUUCACUUUGCUACCAUAGUAACGACGUAGGAGUUAAGUGUGCUGGACCCAUAACAAAGCACAUUAGUAACCGUUGCGUGAAAACAUGCGAUCCUGGCUGGUUCAAAAAUGACAGGACUGACGUUUGUGCCACGUGUGCCACGCAAUGCCUGGAAUGCAUGGGAAGUAGCUACCGCUGUACAAAGUGUGCGGCGCCGAAAUUUUUAAAAGGCAUCACGUGCGUGGAUAAGUGUGCCGAUGAUGAAUACGGGGACAUACCCACGCGUCUAUGCAAAAAGUGUGACACGGCCAUAUGCGUGACCUGUAGCGACGGCUUUAAUGACAAAAACUGUACUUCGUGUAAAGAACCUAAAGCGCUUAAAAACGGCCGAUGCGAGGACAGUUGUGAGCCUAUGUUUAGAAAAAACGGCCGUUGCGUUGAGGACUGUGGCUUGUCGAUGUACAAGAACAGCGAAAACUAUACAUGUCUGCCAUGCCCCGGUGACUGCAUCAGUUGUGAGUAUAGUAGCUCAACGCAGAAACCCGUAUGUACCGUUUGUAAGCCACCUAAGGUCUAUGAUGACGCACAUAAGGAGUGUGUCGCUAACUGCUCUGGAGGAAGGUAUGCUGUUCCGGUUUCAAAUUUCACAGGACAGGCCACCCGGCCCAACAUAAGGCUGUCAAACGGUAGGGAUUAUUUGGAGGGGUUGCUGGAAGUUUAUCACGACGGCGUUUGGGGGACGGUCUGUGAUGACGGUUGGGACUCGGCGGAAAUAACCGUUGUUUGUAGAGAACUGUCUUUAGGGAGAGCGGUAACCAACGUUCCUCUUAGCCAUAUCAAAAAGGGAACUGGUAAGCUAUGGCUCGAUGAUGUGUUUUGCGUUGGGACUGAGGAUUCUCUUAUGAAAUGCCGUCAUCGCCCUUGGGGUCAAUCCAACUGCGAACAUAACGAAGAUGUGGUUCUUCGUUGCACGGGUCCAGGUGUGCGCAUGUGCAAAAGCAAGUGCCCCGAGGGAUUUUUUUCAAAAGGAACUUCAUGCAUGAAAUGCAACUCGUCGUGCGCCUCUUGCAACGGUACUGCAAGUUUGUGUACUAAGUGUGCGCCGGGCUACUUUAAAAAGAAUGAUACGUGUGUCAAAGAUUGCGGUGUCGGGUUUUACUUGGAUAGAGUUUGUAAACAUUGUGAUUCGGUAUGUGCUGACUGUGAAUUAAGGGCUGAUAACUGCACCUCAUGCGCGUCACCAUUCUACAGGGAGGGAACAAAGUGCGUUGCAAAUUGUUCUGGUUUUAAGCCUUCUUCUGUCCCGCUGCUUCGUCUUGUUGGUAGCCAAAGGCCAACCGAGGGGAGAGUUGAGGUAAGCGGAGAUAACUUUCUUUGGUCUAUUUUAAGCAGGGAAGCUGUGCAGUUUGCACUGAUUCGCGAACAUUCUAAGAAUGCUUUCUUUAACAAUCAGAUAAUAUUAUAUGAUCGUUUCAGAAAAGAAACAUUAUGUUCUGAAUGAUCACUGUUCUGAAUAUGUAUACAGCUGAUGCUGAUAUAAACUUUGCGUCCUUUUUCACUAGCUAACUAAUUUUUCUUACAAAUAUGACAAGAAACAGUGAUUAAAUCAGUGAAGUUACGUGUGCUUUGAGACUUCUAAUAAUCUCGAACCUAUCUGUUCGAGAUUUUCGUAGGAAGGCUAAUGCCCAGGAAAGAGAGCACCCAGUACAAAGAACGUAAAUAGACCAUUUUACAGUUGUGGGCUUAGUAUUCUAGCCUUUGAGUAAAGGUGAAGCUGAGGUUGACCUUGUUUUGAUACAAACCUGUUGCUCUAUUUAUGGCAAUUUUGCUUAAAAAAUACUAGUUAGCAGAAGAACAACAUUAUUUCCAAAACAAGGUCAACGGACUCCAGCCUUGUUUUCACCUGUAACUGUAAAAGGGGAUAUUGUAGUUUGAGGUAACAAAUAGAGCCAAAGCCAAGAUUUGAACUAUACACCUAUACAACGGAGCGACCGAAUUCGCACUGUGACCUACACAUUUUCAAAUAUUUGGUUUUCUUUUUUUAAUUUAUUGGCAACUAGUACAAACUUCGUCAUUCCUUAAUCCCUAGCCCUAAUCCGAAACCGUAUUCACGCUUAAGCACGUAGAAGCUAAUUUUCUUACUACCUCAACAGUCCCUCUCUCCAUCUUGAAAAGAUCCCACAAAUAUUAAGCAAUUAUGAAAUUCGAAUAAGGCUAAGUUUGAUCGAAAGAAUUAUGCAGAUUGAAGAGGGUAUAAUCGGCCGGGCGGAUAACACCCUCCAGAAAUUUUGCUAUUUCUUCUUCGGAAAACGGGGCUACCGGAACAACCUGCACUGACACGACGUGGUUAUCAGGGCUUACCGGUUGUCUUCCCUUUUUCUGUGGUGGCUUAUUGACUAUUGACGCCGGUUUAUCGGUUAUCGCAGGCAUUCUCCAAAUUUGCCAACAGUGGCGGGUUCAGUGAAGAACUUACCGGGGGAUUUGAGCCAUUCAGAAGCGGAGAAAAAAAUUGAAUGAAUAGUUAAACGCAUUUUGCUAGCAUUUACUUUCAAAGUGUUCUAUCAAAAGAGCGUCCCUUAUUGCUGUUUACCAGCGUGCAACAGGCUGAUUUAGCAACAGACCGAGAACGUCAUUUGACGACGGGAAAGCGCGCGGAAAGGACUAAACUCUACUUCCGGUGCCCAAUUUGCCGCUCUGCCAUUGGUCAAGCCAGUUGUUUAAUUUGCGCGCGCCGUCGUCAACUGACGUUCCCGUUCUGUUGCUAAAUCAGCCUAAUGUGUCGCGGAAGGAAUGCACUACACCCCGAGGCGUAUUGCCCUCUUCGGAUUAUUUCAUGCACUCCAUCUAGUUUUAAUUAGCUGAACCCUUGUUAAAUGACAGCGUUUUCUAUGCCAGGUUCUUCACAACGGUAAAUAUGGCACAGUCUGCGAUGACUCGUGGGACAUAGUCGAUGCAAAUGUGGUAUGCAGAAUGUUGAACAUGGGGAAUGCUACCAAAGCAGUCGUUAGAGCAGGCUUUGGAGCUGGAAAGGGUGUUGUUUGGCUGGAUGAAUUAAAAUGUCGCGGUGAGUAUAUACUGAUGUCCGUCCGCCGUGUUCUCAGAAGGUCCCAGGCCGCUCGUUUCCACUUCUUACUCUUCCCUUUGUUGGAAGCGAGCGGCCUCGGACUUGCUAAGAAUCGGGCUGGACGUCCGUUGGAUGCAUAAGUAAUUUGAAUAUUUAAUGGUGUAGUUAGCAACUCAAACAUGUUGUCCAGUAGGCAUCCUUGAAGACCUAGUGUCACAUAGUGGCACCUUGGUCUCCGAGAAUGUCCAGUUAGUUGAUAUGUCAUCAAAAUUGUUCUCUGUUAGUUCUGUCUAAACGUUGCGACGUUGAUUUUCGCCAUGAUACACCUUUGUGUCAGUCAUAUGAAUUUUCGGUGAAAAAAAAGAGAGAAAAAAUGACAUUUAACUGUUGGCCCGUUAUUUCGUAAUGGUCGGAUUUCAGUUAAUGUAGUGUUUAUGAACAAAUCUUUUCGAUUCCAAACAUACCAGAGACUUUAAAAACAACUGUAAAUCUUAACCCUCCUGUGGGAAAAUGAAAGAUUCAUUGUUGACAGUAAACCGAGUUCUCCUUUUAGUAAUUCGGUAAGUUGAGAGGGAAAAGUGGAUUACGUGACGCAUCGUUUGAGUCUCUGAUGUGUUCGGGCCCAGCACUUCAUACAUUCUGUUAGUUGUUAGUAAUUAAUACCAUACUUUUAGUGAACUCAGAAAGCUACCUCCCAAAUUUCUACAGGUAACGAGACAUCGCUAAUCGCGUGUCCGCACAAUGGCUGGGGGCAAGAAAACUGCGACCACUCUGAAGAUGCUGGUGUUGUUUGCCAGGGUCCCGAUCGGUCGCGUGACUGUCUGUCCGUUUGCGGCGAAGGGUACUUUAUCAACACCACGGACAACACCUGUGGAAGGUGUAGCCCGAACUGCAAAAAAUGCGUUGGUUCACCAGAAAAUUGCUCGGUUUGCGAGAAUGGUAAAUUCUUAAAUAGAACUGGUAAUACAUUCGACUGCGUGGCCUAUUGCAAAAAGGGUCAAUUUGGGCAUCCCGACACACAGGAAUGCCAGAAGUGCUCAUCGCCGUGCUCUGACUGCGUCGGAAGUUCAAGAAAUUGCACCGAGUGCCCCGCUCACUUGUUUCUUCUGGGCUCCUCCUGUGUUCAAAACUGCAGCAAAGGGCAAGACAAGAUUGUCAGUGGUGUCUCCGACAUAAGGUUGGUUGGCGGUAACAACUUACUAGAGGGCCGUGUGGAAGUAUUGCACAAUGGAGAGUGGGGUACAGUCUGCGAUGAUAACUUCGACAUUCAGGAAGCUAAAGUUAUCUGUCGGCAGCUGAAGAUGGGGGAUGCAGUUGCUCCGUACUCUUCGGCUAAGUUCGGACAGGGUACUGGCAGGAUCUGGAUGGACGACACGCAGUGUGUUGGAAGCGAGAGACGGUUGCAGGACUGUAAAAUGCACCAUGGUACGUAGCUUAUUUUAAUAAUUAAGCCUGCCCUCCCACUCGGAAAAGUUGCUUAAGUCUGAAAAACAAGUAGUACCACGUGAAAGUACUGCUGAAGAGGUUUAAUUUCAGUGAAUGGAAACAGCGUAGGAUUUCACGCACAGACUUAAACGAUAGAACUACAGCCGAACCUCCAUGUGCGACCACCUCUCGUAAGAGACCACCUCCUAUACGCGACUGCCACUCCAAAACAGCAAAAUGUUACAAGUCAAAGCCUUACAGUUGGAACCUCCAGUAAACGACCACCUCCUGUAAGCGACCGCGGCCACUUUUUGGGCCUGACGGUUAAUGAUUGCCCAUUGUUUUUAGCCCCUUAUACGCGACCACUUGAUGCAUUAUCUGAUCUCUAUAUCUUCGCUGUGUGCACUAUGCUACUUGGAAUAUACGAAGAACUUUAGUGACAACAUGGAACUACACAUGUCGUAACUUAGACAUUGCACGCGAUAAAUUAUUUUCCAUAAAGUAGAUGUGCCUGGACCUCUUCUGGGAAGAGGCCCCCUGUGGUUCGAUUCUUGUAAACGACCACCUCCCGUAAGCGACCACUCAGUCUUGGCAUUUUGGGUGGUCGCUUACGGGAGGUUGGACUGUACAUACUAAAUAAAUAGUGCCUUGUGGACGUACUGCUAAAGAGGUUUCAUUCUGUUAUUGCAUUUUAUUGUUUUUGAAUUUGUAGUUGUAUAAUGGUGACAUCAAUUCAAUCUGUUUUCAGGUGGAUUCGGUGCAAAUAACUGCGGUCACUCGGAAGAUGCUGGGGUGAAGUGCUCAGGACCUGACCAAUCAAAGCGAUGCGUGUCGAAGUGUGGCGACGGCUUCUAUGACUACAAGGGCACGUGCAAACGAUGCCUGUCCAAGUGUGGUAGCUGUCACGGCAGACCUGAUUUGUGCUCUCUCUGCAAAAAGCCUUACUUUUUGCAGUUUACUGAUUGCGUAUUACAUUGUCCCCUGGGGAAGUACGGAAAUACAAAGACCCGCAAGUGUGUUCCGUGUAAUAAGCGUUGUCAGUCGUGCUACGACGGUGAGAGGGAUGAUCUGUGCAAAUCUUGCCCUGAAGGCUUGUUCCUAAGUAAGUUUUAUCCUACAAUCUCUGAUAAAAAAGAAAAAAAGCGCGAGGCAAACGCAACAGGGAUAGGAAUAAGAUAUUUUUUCGCGCGCGCCACGCACUCCACAAACACGUCGCGCUGUCCUUCGCUUGCCUGAAAAAGCGAUAAAAUAGCGCUUUUCUACAAGCUAAUUAAGUGGAUGCAAUCCACAAAUCCACUCAAAUGCGUCACGCUAACAUAAAACGUCACGUAAUUUUCGCUCCUUUAGUGGGCCUGAAGUGUGUACCGGACUGUGGAAAAGGCAUGAAGCCAGUCUCCUCCAUGUUUCCACCGAAACCAAAGAAACCUCUAGUGCGUUUGGUAGAUGGUAAAAGUAAACGAGAAGGAAGAGUAGAAGUAUUUUACGCUGGUGAAUGGGGCACUGUGUGUGAUGACGAUUGGGACCUCAAGGAAGCAGCUAUAGUUUGUAAAGAGCUUGGUUUCGGAAAAGCUUUACUGGCCCCGAAGCAUUCAUUCUUUAAGAAAGGUCAGUUCCUAUUUAAAUACACUUAGUCAACGCUUGAGUGUCUUGUUUUACUUUUUGUGUUAAAAGUUUAUUGAUAAAGAUGAAUUGUCAUCGUUCAUAUCACAAGUGGCAUGGACCAAUAAAAUGUGAGUUUCCGGCGGGUUUUGAACACGUGAGCCUGGUACAGGUUCUAGGUUCCUGGGUUCAAAAUAUGGGAUACGAACAGGUUCUCAAGGGUUGGAGGAUCCAUCAGUUCCCGGACAUCUAGUCUUGAAAUACCUCGUCCUUUAGGCCAUGUCUCGAGACGGACACCUCCGUCAGAUAGAAAUAAAGGAGUCCAUUGGAAUCCAUUUGUUUUCCAGUGGAAUCAAAAAGAGCUCUUGGUGGAAUCUAGUGGAGUGUGGACAACUCUUAACAGAUUUGAACAUUAGUGGCUGAAGAUAGAAUAGUCAUUGAAAUAAUUAAUACGUUGUGAUAUUAGAGGUCUUUAGAUUAGAGGAUAGGGGUGACUACUUGGACGAGACUUAACUGAAAAUUUUCUGGCGGUUUUCUUAAGAAAUAGAUACAUUGGAAAGCUUCAUGGGACAUCUUUUUUCACCUAAAACAUGGUUCUUACGGGCCUUAGAAAGUCUUUGAAAAACCAUAAUGUCCUUGACAAGUCUUUCAAAAUUGAAAAAUCAUUGUUGUGGGAUAUCCUUAAGAAGGCCUGGAAUUUUCCACAGAAGUCCUUGUUUUGAAAGCGUCUUGAAUAAAAAUAACCUUUGUGAAAAAAAAGUGUUUUGCGGAAACAAAAGACUGAAAGCACAGAAGUACGCAAAUUUUCUUAGUAAUCAUGAUAGUGUGUUUUCUUAUGAUUUCAAUUUCCCGGCAUAGUUCAUUAUCCGUUGUUUGCAGCGCCUUAGGAACCGUUCCUUCCUGUGGGAAGCGAUUGCAAUAAGCAAUCCCUCCUACACCUAGGAAUUUGAAAGGUCUUUAAUUCAUGUUGUUCUGUGUCAAAUUACAAAAAAAAAUUGUCUUAGUCCUUGAAAAGUCCUUGAUUUUACCCCCCAAGAUUCUAUCUGAACCGCGAAAAAGUUAACCCGGUUAUUUUUCUUGAAGGAGGUUAAGCCCCCUCGAGAUCGCAAAAUGAUAAAACUUUUUUACGCUACUUUGACAUUCUCACUAAGAGCCGUAGUAGAAUGGCGACGGCUAUCACGUCUUCCCGCCAAAAUGACACUGGUUCACGCGCGCGCACUACUCAGUGUUGAGUUCUCGUUCUCGCCUUACAGUCUAAAGGUAACUAUUUUUUCUAAUGUGCAGUGUACGGUUAUUUGUUUUCGUGUUAUAGGAAGUGGUAUCAUCUGGAUGGAUAACGUGAAUUGUUUUGGCUACGAGACCUCCCUCACUCAGUGCCGGCAAGUUGGGUGGGGUCUGGGUAACUGUGAUCCAUUCCACCGUGAGGAUGCUGGUGUUGUUUGUGAUAAUGCAACAGUGGAAGAAGUUAGCAACAACUACUGCAGACACCUCAACCAGGGAUCGUGUUCAGGUUUAAAGGUAAUUAAACUGACCAACACGGUUUUGUAAUCGCUCUUUAGGCGAUCCAAACCGGCAAGGAAGUAGGCAGACUAGUGAGUACAAUGUAUAAUGAUGUUAAUAUACAGCUAAUGACGCGUGACUCUUCUUUUGACAAUCACAAGAAAUGCACUGUACCUAGAGCUGGCAACAUGAAUUCGUGCAACCCGUUCUAAAGGUGAUUUUACACGAGACGAUUUGCAACGACAAUUUUUAGCCCAACAAUACAAAGCGUUGCAAUGUUGGAGCAAUGUUGUGACCAUUCGAAACAGUGUCGUAACAAUGUUGUAAUGCUGUGUUGCACUAAAAAUCGUCGUGGCCGAUCGUCCCAUGUAACAUCACCUUAAGAGCGAGAACAUAUGCAACUCAGUGGUGACCAGAGCGGAAAAAUAUGCACGCAUGUUUCCAAGCGCGGGAAAAUAAAAUAAUCCGGCCUUUUUUUUACAGGUCGGUUGCAUGGAUGUAUUUUGUUUUAUACCUGCAACGGGAGAAAAAAGGAAGUGAAGGCCAGCUUGACCGACGUCAUUUUAGAAAGAUUUGCCUACGAACUGCCUGAUGAGUUUAAUCGUGGUAAAGACAGUCCUCAAGACAGGCCUCGUCUAGUGACUUACGGCAAACCUAAUCGUGUCAUUUUAACAAUGCUAACUAUGAGCUCUAGUCUGAAUAUCUUACUCAGUAUUAUCUGUUUAUAGGAAUGUGACACAGCUAACAGAGUAACCUGUGUUGAUCUUGAUAUAUUUAAUCCUGAUGGCAAGCAAGAGUCUGUGUGUUUACAGUGUCCCCUCGGGACCGCCGGAGACGGCAAAGAAUGUAGAGGUAAAUAAGGCUAUAUCUCUACGAUACCGGACAACUCAAGCUAAAGUUGAAAUUUGCCGGUUUGAAUCGUAAACGCUGCAGCAUGUCUGUUGCCUUGAGUUACGUAUGUUUGUUUCGCUGUAAUUUUUUUUGUCUUUCUUUCCUUCUUUCUUUUUUUUUUUCACCCUUCUUACCACAGUAUUGGAGACCUUUUGAUUCGAGGACGGGAACGACCACGAGUACGAGAUUUGACUGAAAUAUUUUUCGCGUAUUCUUCAAAACACCGACACCCCGGAAAGCUUCAUUGUAAUUUCCGAAACGUUAGCACUGUUAUCUCUAUUCAUGGAGAAGGUAAGGCCCUCUCACGAUCGCAAAAUAAUAAAACUUCUAACAUGUGAUAACUUGUUUCCAUCACUACGACAUUCUCGCUAAAAGUCGUAGUAGAAUGACUAUGGCUAUCACGUUUUCGCGCCAAAACGGAUGCUGGUUCACGCGCGAGCUCUACCUAGUAUAGAGAAAAUCUCGUACUCUUAAUCGUUCUCGUCUUAAAAUGUAAAGGUUUCUUAUAAAAACAGUGUGCUAUCCACGAACGUUGACAUCUGUUGUGUCUCAAUUCUUUCAAGUUGUGGCCUCGAAGCUCCCGGAAUUCGAUCGAGUGCCCCCUGUUAAAACAGAAGUCAAGGCCCAAGAGGUGAUUAAUCUGCGUUGUCGUUCCAAACCCCCGCUGAUACUUCCAACCCUAAAAGACUGGCGUAAAGACGGUCAACCUCUCCUUGAGCUGGCUAAGAACUCCAGUCGCAUUAGUACGAGCUCAGGAAAUCUGCUCAUUAGAUCUGCCACAAGAGAAGACAGCGGUAAUUACACCUGUACCCUCGUCAAUACUGAAGGAAACGUUACAAGCAACGUGUCCGAGGUUAUUGUAAAAGGUAAAAUUUUCAACCUGCUUACUUUUUCGAUUUUUAUUAAGAACAUUCUGUGAGCAGUUUUUUUCUUCUCAGUGGACGUAGACUGCGAGCAAAGCUCUGAGACUCCAUCCCGUGAUUUGAGAAUCAGUAGGCCAAGGCAGUACACACAUUGUAAUUUUCUAUAAACAUCUCCCUCUACCUACACACUAGUCUCCCACACAUUCGUUUUUGGAAUUGUACAGACGUUUGUAGGGCCGGCCGGGAGGGGGGAGGGGGGAGGCGGGGGGGAAGUUCGUGCCACCAAUCAUACAAACGUCUGUAAAACGUCUAGACUGUACUUUGUGGAGCACUAACUUCGCUUGUUUUGGAGUAUCACCUUUACACUGUAAUUUUAAUGCGCUAUUCCCAGCAGUGUCGAUGGAUAUUCGCUUACUGUUCUUUAUCAAAAGUGGAAAAAAACUGAGGAAGGGCCCAUUUAGCAUUAACUACAAUUACAUAAGGCAGGAGCAUCGGGGGGGGACUGUUCUGAAUUUCAAACUUGUUUAAUGCAUUACAUCUAUGUUUAUGUUUUGUUUUUGUUUUCUUCUUUUAAUUUGAAUUUUGCAGAGGCGCCGCGGAUCAUCGGUGUCUCUUCAGCGGAUGUUAACAGAGGUGAUACUGUGAACUUGAGCUGUGUCGUGUCCAGUUUCCCAGGGUCCAACAUCACGUGGAAGUUUAAAGGGAAAAGCGUCUUUGCCUCUCCUCAGAAAUAUGUGUUGUUAGAUAGCGUGUACACGCUAAGGAUACUAAGCGUGCAGUUCGAGGAUGCUGGGCUGUAUGAAUGCACUCUUGUUAAUGAGCUGGGAGAGGCAAGAGCCAAUGCGUCGCUUGUCGUUGGAUGUAAGUAAUCAUUGUGGUUAUCGUUAGCAUAAACAUUAUGGCCUCUACUUUUGUGGUUCAUUAGAGAGCUUUAUCAAAGACGUUUUAAGCGACGCACAUCAAUCAGAAAUGAGGCCUUUUCCCUUUCAAUAUGCCUUGACGCUACUAAAUUUAUAUUGCUGUGUGUCUUCAGUCUUAUAGAGACGAUUUGCCCGAAAAAUUAGGCAAAACCACUGCCUAAGAGUACAAAACGUGCAAUUACUGUCGACGUGCGUCGCUUGAAAACGUUUUUGCUUAAGCUCCCUAUGUACAUAGAAGUUAGUCAGUUCCAGGCUCUCAGAUGGUGGGGAAGACGCGAAAGUGUAUGGCGCGAAUCCCCCUCUCCCCACUUUCCUCCCGUUUUCUUUUUUUUGUUCAAGCUUUCUCAAUUCCGCGGGCCCGACUACCUCGGAACCUGGAACAGGCUACAUAGAAGUAAAAUGUAGCCCUCAUUAUCGGCGAUUUGUCGGCGAUUCUAUUGACCAUUUUGUGCCAUCACUAAGACUGGCUGAAAGGUAGGGAAGCCAGUCUAAGAAAAUGCCAAAUGAUGAAACAGAGUAGCUAAAAAAAAAAUCGCAGCAGUGACAUCGCGACCAUUUUUGAUUACAAUAGGCCACCAUUCUACAGUUACAGUCGAAUCUCUCGUAAGCGAUCACCUGGUAAAUUCGAAAGAAUGACCGUAACUAGAGCUGGUCGCUUACGAGAAAGAGUUCUCGUACGCGACUGCUCAGUAAAACAAUAGGGGGUGGUCGCUUGCUAGAGCUUAAUAACUCGUGGAGAGAGAGAAAAAAAACGAAAUUAAUGUUUAAUGAGUGUCUUUAAACCUGAUAUGGACACGGCUAAACUUAGACCAUUACUGCAGUGUGCAGUUUCGUUAUAGUGUUAUGAAUAAAAUUCUGAGUGGUCGCUUACGAAGGCUGAAAAAUAAAGAGAAAGUCCAGUUGGAUAAUCCCAAAAGUGGUCGCGGUCGCUUAUGGGAGCGGUCGCUUACGACAGCUUUUCAUUACAAAGUUGAAGUCAUAGUUCAAACGGGGUUUUACGAACUGAAGGUGGUCGUAACUAGAGCUGGUUGCUUAAGAGAGUGGUCGCAAGGAGAACUUUGACUAUAUUUACAGUGCUUAUUGCCCUGACCUUUGACCUUUGAAUAGAAGCGAGGCUGAAGGUGGCCAACCUUCCUGUUUCAUCACAUGUAAAUGAUGAUGUUCACGGGCUUGUCAAUAUAAGAAUAACCCGAUUCGUAUAUGAAAAGUAGGAAAGUUUUUAACAAAUCCUUGUCACCCACAGCCUCGCUUCUAUUCAAAGGCCAAGAUACUGAGCAGACAAAUGUAAAAAUUAAUGACCUAAUGAUCCCAAAGCUAGUUCUUGCUGAGGCACAAGUUGUUAUUAGCGUAAUAUCUCAGCUACUUUCUAAACUUUAAGCUCUUCGAAAGCCUUGUAAUAUGAAGUUUUAGUAAAAUCCAGCUAGUAGUCUAUUAUCAAUGCUGCGUUUUGAAAGGUUGAGCUACUACUAGGCUAUAUGUUAUAGCCUACUAGUAACGAAAAGCGCACUCUUUUUGGCGGCGAAAAAGGAUUUAAGUCUAGCUUUAACUAGCUAAAAAUUUUUUAUUCUCGAUAUUUUUGACCAACUAGUUGGAUUUUACUAAAACAAUUAUUCCUCUCGCCCUCAUGGCCUCUGAGUCAAUAGCCCAUUCGGCCUUCGGCCUCAUAGGCUAUUGACUCGGAGCCCAUUCGGGCUCAAGGAAUAAUUGUUAAGUAGUCACCACUUCAAAGAAGCAAGAAGGAAACUGGAACCGAAAUGCGUUCCGCAAUUGUUUCUGGGAUUGUUACUGGUGACGUGCCGGUCAGCUACUGGCCAAUUUUGUUCCCCUGUCCCUAGUAACAGUCCCAGAGGUCUUUGCGAACGUUAAUUCGGUCCAGUUUCUUUUUGGUUUUGAAAGUGGUGGAUCGUUAUGUAAACUCCUCUACUUUCUCCAGUAGGCGUAUUGAAUUAGUUUAUCACGUGAUCAACUUUCGGUAAACACGAAAACAGUUCCCUUUUGAAAAAUUUUGUUAGCACAAGCUGAAAGAGCAUAUUAAAAUUAGGCAUACGGAGAGAGAUAUAAGGCUGAAAAUUUACAGGUUACCGAAUUUUAAUAUGCGGUUUCAGCUGGUGCUAACAAAAUUUUUCAAAGGCGAACUGUUCUUGUGUUUACCGAAAGUUGAUCACGUGAGGAACUAAUGCAAAAGGCCUAUCGUUUUGUUGUAUUUCCUCUUUCUUCAGUGACAGUUGACUUCCUAAUUUUUCCACCAAAUUCUAAAGUGGCCAAGAAAGGUGCUGAUGUGACUCUUGACUGCAAGGUAAAAGGCUUUCCGCAGCCGCAGUUAGUGUGGAAGAAAGAUGGAGAAUUAUUGACGAAUACCAGUCGAGUGUCGGUCAUAACUGACGUCGCAAAUAAAUCCUUUACGACAAGUAGGCUACAGAUCCGGAGAUUCACCAAAGAAGACGUCGCUGUUUAUUCAUGUAUUUCUUGGAAUCGUGGAAGUGUUCGCUUUACACAGACACGGGUUUUGUUAACUGGUGAGUCCCUCUGUUAUUGUUACUAGAAGAGCGUUGUCCCCAAGUUGGAAAUCCCUGUUAGGUGGUUGACUAGGUUCGUCGGGUUUUUCCUAGUUAACUACAUGUAGCCUAAACAGUCCAUAGGGUGGGAAAUUCUCUCUAAGGCAGACAACAGACCAUUUUAAGCAGAUGUUUAUUUAAUCAUAUAUAUGUGCUCGCUGACCAAUAUUCUAAAGGAAUUUAAAACAGGCGAUAGCAACGAUGACGUUGUUUGUAAAGUGCCUUCGCGUUCUUUGAAAUUUAUGGCAGUUAUUUCAUUUGGCUCAGUUGGUCAAAUGUAUAGGCGAGUUUUCCUAGCUUUGAGUUUUCAGGCAGCACAUCAAAGUUGAAAGAGAGAACAAUUUGUCAUCGAGUGUUUGCAUGCUCUAUAAUACGUCACUUCUUGAAGUUUUACCUGUAGUCCUACAGUGACGGCGAAGAGGUGUAAAAAAAGCAUGAUGUAUACAUGUAUGCAGAGGUGUUGGUUUGGUUGUUGAACCUAUUGCUGUUUUGACGUUCCCAUUGCCUUUGCCGUCGUGAUUGCUGUAACUCCCUAUUAUCCAGUACGUGCCUUAUUUUAACCUUCCGCAGCACAAACACCGUACACUAACAGUAACAAAAAAGUGAAGAAAUAAAUAAACGUUUUUUUAAAAAACUUUAUCUAACCCUGAUCUGAAUAUAAGGUAAGAGCAAAAGCAGCUGUUCUGUAUAUUUGAAACAGAGAGAACUGGAUCUAGAACCAGAAAGCUCAGAAAAAAUUCCGACCUCCCGAUGAAAUGUGAACUCACGACCCUUCGAGGUCUUGAUCGAAUGCUCUACCACUGAGCUAGUGGAGACUCUAUCAUGUGCACGGUCGACAUUUGAUUAAUUAUGCACCAGCGGUAGCUGGGCUGUACUAGUAGUUGGGGUUACUGCACUUGGGCAUUGUACAACUCCUUGAAGUUUUUGCUCGUUAUCGUAGUGGAUAUGAAAAUCAGAAAUGAGUCCUACACUGCUCACUCUCUGACCAUCACUCUUAUUCUUUUUCUCUAAAGAAAUCGACACUUGUUUGGUGGUUCACGUAUUUCUAAGUAUCCAGUUAUGGAGCAGUAGCCAACUAGACCAACAUUUUUUGAGUUUAUUUUUGCUGGUUGCAAUUGUAUUUAUUGGUACUGGUUUUUCUAUUUUAGGUCCGCCCAUGAUCAUUAGGGCGCCAGAAGACAUCUCAGUCCUUUCAGGAACCAACGUUAGUUUCUUCUGCCGCGGUAUUGGCUCGCCAACACCACAGCUCACGUGGUUGAAAAACUCCAAGACCAUUCAGUCAUCCAAACGGAUACUGAUUGAUGAUAGGGAGGGUGAUGAAGGGAAUCUCAAGAUCUUCUCUGUAACCGUUGACGAUAUAGGAACGUACACAUGCGUUUAUGAGAACGCUAAGGGUGAAGACAGAAGGUCGGCGGUGCUCAUUGUGGACGGAGUUCAUCCGGAGCAAGGUAAGUUUGGGGUCAACCUGCACCGAUUCCAAACAACGUUUGUGGUCGGUUGGGAAAACAAUAGGGAUGGUGACAUAACAAUGCCUCUAUCCCUGAAAACAAUAGGUUGUGCAGGUUAUAGGGACCAAUGAAAUGCUAGGUUUGGAAGGGUGCUGGUUAAUAGUAAGUUUGGAGCGAAAGGGCGAGCGUGUUUCUGUAGGGAAGUAGUUAUAUCAGCAGCGAUAGUAACGCUAUGAAGAUAGUCAUUGGCAGUCCUAACAAAAACCAAUUUACUUCGACUUGGAACGUUUAAUAAAACCAGCUGCUGGAACACCUUAAUCUGAUGCACCAAUUUUCAACCGGUCGACUGGAAAAUUUGUCCGGUUCCGUGUGAACGUUGCCUUAAGUUUUGCACUUGGCCUAUUACUUUUUCCCCUCUCGAAAUAGCCAUUUUGAGUCGGCGUGCGAGAUGGGUCUUCGCUUUGUCGAAUGGCACUAACCGACUGUUUUGAGCACGCUAUCGUUCUAUUUUGACGGCUAUUGCGAUGUUGCGCAGGAACCAAAAUUCGUCACCCAAAUUCGUCCCAAAACAGUCCCACAGAGAAACUCGGCACAACUCUGACCCAGUCUCUCGUGCUAGCUCAUAAAGACCCACGCUUAAUUUUGUUUAACUGUGUUUAUUUCAUGUGUCAAUCAUUUUAGUGUCACCUGCACCCCCUCAAGCGUCCAAGAAAGGCAUCUCAACGGGCGCCAUCAUCGCUAUUGUGGUAAUUUUAGUUGUCGUCGUCAUCGUUAUAACUGGUAUUGUCUUGUACAAGUACUGUCGCACUAGAGACCAGUCCUUCCAGUUCGCCGUGGACGGGGAGACCCUAAGACCUACUCUUCGCAACCGUAUGAGGAAAGUGGUCGGCAAAAAGAACGCGUCUAAUAUGUACUACAAUCAUAGCUCAGAAGAGAUUAACUUCGACGACAGUAAACCGUUCGUGGAUCACGAUGAGCUUUGAGGGACAUCACGUUAGGCCAGAUUAUAUAUAAACUUUUUCGCUGGCUUUCUGCUAGGAAGACGUUCUUGGAUUAGUUAAGUCCUGGAUUCUCAAGAAGUCAAGACCUUUGGGUGAGAAUAAGUAAUUAAUCGUAAGCGAAGAACCUUUCCUGCUUACUAAACUUACUAAACUAUCCUAAAAUCGUCGGAAACGCUCGUUUGACAUUUAGAAAACACUUGGACGGUUGAUGGAGACUUCUUUUGUUAGCUUAACCCGCAGGUCCACACUUUGGAAGUUCUGUUAACGGUUAAUGUCCCUUUACAUUGUUUUGAAAACAUUUUUUUUUCUUUAAAUGAAAGAAAAGAAGGUCAAUGAAGUGGAAAAGGAUAUGGUUACUAACAAUAACGACGUACUGUUUCACUUCAGUGCAACAAUAAUGACCCGUUGUUCUAAAACAGUGGAAAGGUGAUUUAGAUUGGUUAAUGCUUGAGCUCCUCAGCCAUUUUAAGUACAAUAAGUUUACGCUCCGCGCAAGGUGAAUAUUUUUAAGAUGGCCUCGAUGCUCAGGCAUUAUUCUAUAAAUAGAUAGCCUGAAAAAAAAGCCUACAUUUUUCGACACCACCACUGGUUUCCUAGCGAAAUGACGUCUGAGAAACGAGCGCAGAAAUUCCAUACUGAUAACAGGUCACUACCUAGAUCUGGCAUGUGUGGGGGAUUUUGAUUGGCCGAAGGAAAUUUCCCACGCGGUACGACCAAUCAGAAGCAAUACCCAGAUUUUUGUAUUGACACGUCAUCAGUAUGGAAUUUCUGCACUCGUUUAUCAGACGUCAUUUCGCGGGGAAACCAGUGGUGGCGUCUUGAAGUGUCAGCUGUUUACUUAGGCUAGCUACGCGCAAAGACAAUAUUUUUAAGAAGACCUCGGUGCCCAGGAGUUAAUCCAUAAAUAGAAAGUAUCUUUAGAAUGUAAUGACAGUAAUGAUUUUAAUCCCUGGUCAGGCUAGCUUCCAUACAUACAUUUUCAUUCGUAAUCCAGUUAGCGUGGUGUUCGGCUUUUUAGUUUAGUAGAAAAUCUAGCAUAAUAGUAAAGUUCUGGAACCGAAAACAGACAAAUAGGCCAUUUCCGAGUUCCAAAAACUCUCACUUUCAAAACAAGGCUACGUGAACAGCUUUUCUUGUUUCAUGAAAAUAUAAAAUCAUUUUCAUUUUAAUGGUUUUCAACUUUGUCUCGCAUUGAAACAGAGGCUUGGCGAAAAUCGGAAAUGACCUAUUCAAUGAAUAUUUAUUCCUGUUGUCUGUGACAUUUUCGCCUCUGAUUUCGCUAGUGAAAGAUAUCGAAGGCGAUCCGUCCUUUAUUCAUCCUCGGUGGAUCCAGAAACAGUUACUUGUUCUCUUAAUAGAGUUUGAGUGCGGUCAUCUUGUUAUGGAUUUAUUUGUGUCCUAGCCUGAAAAAACAACCGACAUUUCGCUAACCACCUUCGGUUUCUCCGCGAAAUGACGUCUGAGCAACAAGCGUAGAAAUUCUAUACUGAUGACGCGUCACUACCAAGAUCUGGGUAGUGCUUCUGAUUGGAUAGAGCAAAGUUUCAACCAAUCAGAGGCACUACCCAGGUCUUGGAAGUGACGCGUCAUCAGUAUGGAAUUUCUGCGCUCGUUUCUCAAAUGUCAUUUCGCGGGGAAACUGAAGGCGGCGUCCAGAAACGCUGGCUGUUUUCUCAAGCUAUUUGUGACCUCGCACUUUCUUUUUCUGCUAAGAUGUAAAACAGCAAAAAACACCAAAAGGAAACCUUAAAAGUCACCCGAAAACUCAGAACAGCUGUUACUUUGUGUCAACAAUUAUAUGCUUCCAUUUACGUCUACUCUUGCGCCUUCAUGGCUGUUUCACUGGUCAGUAUCAAGAGAGGAUAAAGCUCAUUUCUUGUCAGUAUCUAUUCUUUGUAUUUGUAAGUCGUUCGAUCGCGCCAAAUAUGGCGUGCAACGCGCACUUAGGAUUAGUGCAUUGAAGGGAGGAAGUGCCCUCAUGAUAACGAAAUUGCGCGUUUGUUAUAACGUUGUUAUAAUUCCUAUAGACGACGUGUAGAAUACGAAAGUAGAGAAAGAGUAUCCCCGUAAGUGGAUUAGUUGGGAGCUUUAGCAACGACGACAGCGACGGCAACGAGGACGUCAAAAAAGCAAUAGGUUUAUUUAUUACGCAAAACAACAACUUUACACGUGCAUCACGCUGUUUCGUACAUUUCUUUACCGUCCUUGCACGACUACGACGUGAAAAUUCCUAAUUGCAAGUUUUAUGAAGGACGUAAACAAGCGACGACGAAUCUCUUUCUCUCUCUGAACUUGAGUGCGGGCCUCAAGAAAUCAACUCCAGGGAAAUUUCGCCUACACUUACCAUUUUCAGCAAAUUGGAAUAAACUCGACAAAGAUUGAAAAAACGGGAAUUCAUUUUAAAACGGACGUUUUCGCUGCCGUUGCCGUCGUCAAUGCUAAAGCUCCCAAGUAAAGGCACGCGGGGAGGGGGAAGGGGGGAGGGGAGAGGUAGUAAAUAUAUUUGUUAGUAUAACUUUCAUUCAUUAAUGGUACAAGUUGAGUUAUGGUCAAUAAUCAUAGGCCAGCCUACCAAGGGCUAAAAAUGUGUCGUUUACUUUAUUGGUUCAGAAGCACAAGUCUUCAACGAAAACAGUGCCUUCUUAGAGGCCAACUAACCAUGUUUUGUUGACGACCUAGACAUACUCUUAUAUGAGUCUAACGUUCUAUUGUCUCAUUAACUCUAUCAUCUACUAGCCUGAUUCUCAGACGUCCGAUGAGGGAAGCGAAGGGACCGCGAACGACCUCGGACGUCUGAGAAUCAGGCUAAUCAUGUACGCGAUAUUUCUGUUAAUUGGGUGUGGUGUAUACUAUGAUGCGAUUUUUGCGUGACCUUAAAAUGAUUACCCAAGAACAAAACAAGAAACGAACGCCGCAGUCAUUAGAACCAACUUUCGAGGAACCAAACAAUACUACGCUUUGACGUCAUUCUUUAUUCAGAAAUAUGAUUGGACAAUCGAAUGAUGCUUUUUUUUUUUUUUUUUACUAUUUUACGGUUUUCUUUGGCAGGACUGACGACAAGCCUUGCCUGAUAAAACAACUGAAAAACACUUAUUCAAGGUCAUAUGAAAAUUGCUCUGUACACUAUGUGAACAAUUAUCUAUGGUAAACCGAUUUCGGUAUAAACACAAUGUUGUAAUCAAUGUAUUACCGGUACUCGAUAGUAAUAACACUAAUGAUGAGAUUGUAUCUCAAGCAGAAUUUUGCCUCGCGAGGCUUUGUCAACAGGAUGUCUAAUUUUUGAGCCUUUGCUAGAAACUCAAGGGUUUGACCAUUCAAUCAGAAACCUCCUCAGUGGUACGCUCAUGUGGUACUAUUUGUGUCUUCUUCUGUUUUCUGUUAAGUGUUUGGGGGGUUCUUCGGACAUCUUCGGCAAUGGUCGGACCUCUUCGUUAGUCUUCGGAAAUUUUCGACAGUCUUCGGGAAUCGUCGGUAGCCUUCGGAAAGCGUCUGAAACAAUCUGGAAUUGUCGUAAAAUGGCCGAGAACUCCUUGAUAUACUAAACAAAAUGAUAUUGGCCUUUUUGGAGCCGUUUUUGCUUCUUUCUGAAAAAAAAAUUUACUGUUUCAAGGAACUUUAUACUGUUAGAGUUAAAAUGCCUAAAAUUUAACUGUUUCAUGUUACAAAGCCAAAAAAUGAAGUGUUUAGUGUUAUCGAGGUACUCCCACGUUAAGACCCUGUUAAGAACCUUCCUCCCCCCGGCCAACCUUUAUUAUACUUUAUUAUAGGUUGUUUUCCCAUACAAAUCCUUAUAUUUCGAAUGUUACACAACAAUACCGACGUUCGCCGA